AGCGAGAUUUUCUCUGCCGGAAUUGUGCAAUGGGGGGCUGGGAGAGAAGGGCAACCCCACACUGAGUCUUCUGUGUGGGAGCUGUGAGAGAUACGCGAGGCGAGUCCUGCAGCUCUGGGCGCCAAGACGUGUGCAUGCUUUUGCAGGUAAAGAAGCCAGCGUGACUUAACUUGUAGGCUCGACACUUUCUACCGCUUUGAUUCCCUUCUCCACGUUGCUGUGUGGUCCCGCACUCGGGGGCACCGAUCAACCCCCUGGGGAGACAAAAGCAUGGGCUUGAAAGAAACUCUUCGCUGCCUAGCGGUGGGGCUGGCGCUGCUGGCGCUUUGCAUCCGAGGGUCCUUUGGCGUGCCCACUUUCAGGAAGGAGAGGGGCGUGCAUCCUGACCCCGAGCUCAGCGAUCGACAGCACGAAGAUAACCAGAGCUUCCAGUACGACCACGAAGCUUUCCUGGGCAAAGAAGAAGCCAAAACUUUCGAUCAGCUCACCCCAGAAGAAAGCAAAGAAAGACUGGGGAAAAUUGUUGAUCGGAUUGAUGAUAACAAAGAUGGCUUUGUCACAACCGAAGAACUGAAAAACUGGAUCAAACGAGUACAGAAACGCCAUAUUUUUGAAAAUGUGGCUAAGGUCUGGAAGGAUUAUGACCUCAACAAGGACAAUAAAAUUUCCUGGGAAGAAUAUAAACAAGCCACAUAUGGGUAUUUCCUGGAAAAUGCUGCAGAGUUUCAAGAUGCAACAGAGCAACACAAUUUUAAAAAAAUGCUGCCUAGGGAUGAAAGAAGAUUCAAAAGAGCUGACCUGGAUGGUGACUUAGAAGCCACCCGUGAGGAGUUCACAGCUUUCCUUCACCCGGAAGAGUUUGAACAUAUGAAGGACAUUGUUGUUCUUGAAACGCUGGAGGACAUAGACAAAAAUGAAGAUGGAUUUGUAGAUCAAGAUGAAUACAUUGCGGAUAUGUUUGCACAUGAAGAUGGUGGUCCAGAACCUGACUGGGUAGUCACAGAGCGUGAACAGUUUGCAGAUUUUCGGGAUCUAAACAAGGAUGGGAAGAUGGAUAAAGAGGAGAUUCGGCACUGGAUUCUCCCACAGGACUAUGAUCAUGCACUAGCUGAAGCAAGGCACUUAGUAUAUGAAUCAGAUGUAGACAAGGAUCAAAAGUUAACCAAAGAAGAGAUUCUGGACAACUGGAAUAUGUUUGUUGGAAGCCAAGCUACAAAUUAUGGAGAAGACCUCACAAAAGACCAUGAUGAACUAUGAUAUUAUUUGAAAAACAAAUAUAUCAGAGACUUGAAUCUGGUUUUCCUGUAUGUGACCAAAGUAACAGGCAGACUGGUUUUGCACCAAUAUAUAUAUUAUAUUUUAACAAAGCUAUACUGUUAGCACUGUCAGACGCAAUAGUUACCACUUUGUUUUAUUUGCACAUUUUAAUGAUAGAUUUCAGCAUAAUUUGGAAAAUGCACUUUCCAAUUACAGCUUGACACAUUUCACCUCAGUCCUAAAUACAUGAAGUUGGACCUGACUUGCAAAACACAGUACAAUAGACUAGCCUCACAUAUUAUAUUCAUUCUUGGCAUGCACUGCCUCCCACUGCAGGUGCUGAUAAUGAGCUUGAAUGUUUCAGUGCUCCUUGGUGGUGCAUCUGAAACCAGCCUCUCAAGGAAGCUUUUCUCCCUGACAUGUGGGAUUUCUUUGUAUGGGAACUUUCCCCAUCAUGUGGAAGAACAUUCACAUCUUUCAGUCUGUCACCUACUGCAGAAACAUGAUGUGAAGAGUUUGGCUGUAGCAUUCCCAAACUGGUGCUCUCCAAAUGUGUUGGACUAUUAUUUCCAUUACCAUCAGCCAACAAAAAUGAUGGUCAUGUGCAUGGGGAUUAUGAGAGUUGUGGUGCAGCUGGAGGGCACUGAGUUAGGGAAGGCUAGUAUACAGCAACUCUUAAUUCCAGGUGUGGGGGUCGCUCAGGAUGUCUGUCUUAGGUCUCCAUUCAAAGAACCAGGAGCAGAGCACGAGGCUGGGUGGCCUUCGCGGCACUUCUGACGUCCUUGUCGUCUGCCAGGUACUUGUCACAAUCAUCCCGAUGGUAGCUGUGGAAAGAACAUCUCCCAGUGCUCGCUCCCUUCCAGACUGACAAGACAGCUGUCUGUGAGCUACUGAAUAGCUCUUUUUUUAGUAAGGUGUUAAGACUCUCUUGUUACAUAGCACAGAUAAAUCCAGCAUUUUUUCUUAAAAGGGGGUGGCUGGGAGAUACCUAACCUGGUCUUUGUAAUAGCAGUAUUAUGAUUCCAGUGGUAAAUUGAGAAGUGCAGAAGCUCAGUGUGACAGUCCCCAUAGCCAUAUACUCAAGGAUAAUCCAAAAGGCAGCUUCUGUGGUGAAACAUAAACUAGUUGUAGCAGUUUUCAUCUCCACCAGGAGCUGGUCUUUUGUAAGCUGAAUGAGUCUUAAUUGUCCAUUCAAGGCUAGGCCACUCCAAACUAUUUUGCAACAGAGAACAAUAUAUUACUGCUGGGAAAACUCGUGUCCUUCAGUUACUGUGAGAAUUGGCAGCUAAGCUCAGAGGGGACAGGGAAUCCUGGGGGGGGGAGUAGGUGAUGUUAUCAUCCCCACUAGUAAAUACGUCCUGGUGCUUCAUCCCUGUAAGCCCUGGCUCAGCUACACCACGGACAAUGCCAUUUUUUCCAGGCUGAAAGAACAAAAAAGAAAUGCAUUUUAUCUACCACAGUCUAUGGGCAAUUUCUUCAUUUCUCCCGCUACCUCAUGUGGGGUUAAUGGUGUUAAAUGAUAGAAAAAUUUGUAAGCAACACUGCAAUGCGGGGAUAGCAUGGGCAACUAAUCUUCACAGAGAUACAGAGAGAAAACCUAUAUGAAUGGUGAUACUUGCUCACAUCAUAUGCCUGCAAUCCUUCCCCUCAAGGAUUGCUGUAAUUGAACAUUUUGUACAUACGGAUGCCCUGGGCACACUAAGCAUAUAGGAUUUCUUUUUGGUUGCCCUUGUGAUUUGGCCAAAAGAGGAGCCAUACAUUGAAUAUAUUAUUAAGGUUGCUUUCUCUCCAUUCACAGUCUAGAGGUCCACCCAAAGAAGGCUUUCCACGAUCACUUACGACAGGCAAGCCAUGUGAGCACAUUGCAAUCCCAUACAUCCCUAACAGCCAGCAAGUCUCCCUUGUGAUGGCAGCUAAUGCUCUGAAAGUAGAGGGCGUUGUGUAUUUUAAUGCUCACAUGCAGCCCUCUGGAAAUGGGAUUUCGCAUUCAUUUCAAUGGAGAAAGUAGCUUCACUGCAUCUUAUGUUAAUGAGAAACCAUUGUGGCUGGGAGAACUCUAUGAAUAACUCGGAACUUUUGCUUUGGCAUAAAGUCAUAUCCUGAAUUAGAACCCAUGUCUUGCCUGUGACCAUUGGAAUGCCAACAUCACCGCAGUGUAUGAUUUCUUUGUUCAAAAGGAACAUGCUGUGUAGAGCUGCUAUUUUCUACAUUUUUUCCAAUGUUUGGGAAAGUGAUCCACUUCAUUUUUUUCUAACCAUGUGUGGCUUUGCUGAACUGUUGACUGUGUAUGAAUGUCACAGUAGAAAAUAAAGCAAUACUUCCAAUCCAGGCCUCUCUUGUACCUCUGGAGAAGCUAUGUGGCACUUCAUUCUGAGAAGAUUUGUUGGUGGUUGUAUGUAUGUGUAUGCAUAGAAAUACAUGCAUUGCCAUUUGAAGGGGAUUUUAUGCUAUCAGUUAAUAAGCUUUUCACCUUGCUGCAUUUCAUAAGGCAUCUGAGCUGUUCCAUGUACAAUUACAUUUUUUGCCUGUAUUGACUUGAAGGUAUGAACAAUAAACACGUAACAUUUUUUGAAUAA